AUGACUUCAAAAUUCAGACUUGCCUUGAUCCAAUUGGCUGUGUCUGCCUCAAAAUCUGAUAAUUUGGCAAAUGCUGCCCUGAAAAUAAAAGAAGCCGCUAAAAAGGGAGCAAAAAUUGUUGCACUGCCUGAAUGUUUCAAUUCUCCGUAUGGAACAAGUUAUUUUUCUGAAUAUGCUGAAGAGAUACCUGGGAAUUCUACAGAAGUGCUGAGUAAAGCUGCCAAGGAAAAUAAUAUCUUUCUGGUUGGAGGUUCAUUACCUGAAUCCAAAAAUGGUAAAUUGUUUAAUACUUGUCCUAUAUUUAAUCCAGCUGGAGAAAUGAUUGCAACUCAUCAAAAGGUUCACCUUUUUGAUAUUGAUGUUCCUGGUAAAAUUCGGUUCAAAGAGUCUGAAACAUUGAGCCCUGGAAGCAAACUGACCAAUUUUGAUACACCAUUUUGCAAGAUUGGUGUUGGAAUAUGUUAUGAUAUCAGAUUUGCUGAAAUGGCACAAAUAUAUGCCAAAAACGGCUGUAAGCUACUAAUCUACCCGGGUGCAUUCAAUAUGACAACUGGUCCUGCUCAUUGGGAACUUCUACAACGUGCGAGAGCCAUUGAUAACCAAUUGUAUGUCGCUACCAUAUCUCCUGCCCGAUGUGAGACAGCCUCUUAUGUUGCCUGGGGACAUACCACUGUCAUUAAUCCUUGGGGUGAGGUGGUUUCUACUACAGAACAUGCAGAAGACAUUGUGUAUGCAGAUAUUGAUAUUGGUUAUGUGGAUGAGGUCCGAAACCAAAUACCUCUUCGUCAACAGAAAAGAAAUGACUUGUAUGAAGUACUUGACCAUAACUUGUCUUAA